CUGAUGUGCCACGCUAUAAUAUACUACAUACCAACUGAUAGACCUACCUGUAGCUUCCUUCUGAUUAUUUAUAUUUCUGAUGUUUAUAUACAGCACUCCCUGGAAUUCAGUAUGGCAGUGUGACAAGUUUCAGAGCUUGCGUCAUAUUCCUAUAGUGAUUGGGUAUGGUUCCUGGUCUCUGAUAGAAGUUCACCGUUGUGAGAAUGCCAAGCAACUUCUUAAAGUUGAGUUCUUCAAGUAUGGAAUCGGAGUUCCAUAACCGUAGUGACUUUGAUCGAAGUGGAAGUUUUGAUAGUCAAGGCAGUCACCGAUCCAGAACCAGGAGCUUCAAUAUGGACGAUGAGAACAUGAAAUAUCUAACAAAUGAAGAGAAGAAUGUCCUCAUGUUUUUUGAAGAAACAUUGGAUGCAUUUGAGGAGGACAAUGAGGAACCACCAAUCUUACUCAAUUCAAGUUUAGGUUGUUACUCACUCAGAACAGAAGAUAGUCACUCUGACAGCGAUGAUAUAAUUGACCUGGUGCAGAGGGGGCACAAUCAUGAAGGACUUUUGUCAGAUACUGGUUCUGGACCAAAUACCAAUGGUCAGAAAAACACACAACAUGAUUCCAGGCUAUUGGCUGUCACUGGCUUUGCUAGUGCACCUGUGGUUAUCUCAACAAGCGCUAUUCAGAGGGUGGAGGACCAUUUUCCUUCUGAACCACCAAUAGACUAUCCUAAAUUUCAUGGAGCGGUUCCCACGCCUGUAAUCCUAGCACAAAAGAUCUCCGAGAAGAAAACAGAGAACGUACAUUUGUCUUCAAUGUCACCCAAAGAGGAGAAAUCGCAAGAACUGAAGAAGAGUGUAGCCACCUCACCAGUUGGUGAUGAUCAUUUUGUAUUUCCUGGUUCACCCAAUGGAAAACUUAACAGAUUUCCAAAUAACAUAAGUGUUAAACUGUCAGGAAAACAGUAUAACAAAACAAUCGCUAAAGCAGCUGUCAAUGUACAAGAAAGAAAAGCUCAAGUCCUGGCCAAUUUACAUGGGCCAACAUUGUUUGCAGAGGAAAUUGAUGGAAAAAACGGCGAACAACUCAAUCGGAGGACAUCGUUUCGGGAUGUGCCUUCUGAGCAAUCUAGGUAUGAAGCACUGACCAAGCUUGGCUUGGUUAAAGAAAUGCCAGUUCAAGCUAACAUGCAGACCACUAGUGCAUGCACCUCUCCUGUAUCAAAUGGUCAGCACUCGCCAAAGUUUUUCCCUCCAGAAAUAAAGAGGAGAUUUUCAAAUGAGAAAGUGAAUGCCAAUUCUCAACUCUCAGCAAAGAUCUCGACUCCAGAAUUUAAUACAAAGAUUUCAAAUGAACACCAUGUUAUCAAUGGUCAGAACUCUUCGAAAUUUUUCACUACAGAAACAAAAAGGGUACCUUCAAUAGAGAAGGAUAACAUGAGCAGUCAGCAUUUGCCAAAGGCUGAAGAAUCCAACAGGAGACUUUCAAAUGAGCAAAUUAACCCACGUGUGUCAAUAAAGGUCCUGUCUCCAGAAUCAAGCAAAAAGAUUCCAUAUGGCCAUGAUUAUAACAAUGGCCAGAACUCUUCAAAAUAUUUUACUACAGAAACAAAAAGGGUACCUUCAAUAGAGAAAGAGACCAUGAGCAGUCAGCAUUUGCCAAAGGCUGAAGAAUCCAACAGGAGACUUUCAAAUGAGCAAAUUAACCCUCGUGUGUCAAUAAAGGUCCUGUCUCCAGAAUCAAGCAAAAAGAUUCCAUAUGGCCAUGAUUAUAACAAUGGCCAGAACUCUUCAAAAUAUUUUACUACGGAAACAAAAAGGGUACCUUCAAUAGAGAAAGAGACCAUGAGCAGUCAGCAUUUGCCAAAGGUCUUGGGUGAGGCAUCAAGCAGGAGACUUUCAAAUGAACAAGAGAGUAUCAGUAAAAUAUUGAGGAAUGAACCCAGUCCCUUUGUUCCUUUGGGCAAAACGGUUGUUAUUAAAGGAGAAACACCAGCUUCAUAUAUUGAUAAAAACAAGCGUCACAGUAGCAUAUAUGUUAAUCAUGAGCAAAAGCAGCCAAAUCACCAAGAAAUAAAGAGAACAUCGUCAGUGCCAAGACCUACUGGUUUUAGAUCUCAGGGAAUUACUGUACAGUUCUCUGGACGUGACUCUUCUGAAGAAACUAGGAAAGAUGCAUUGAGAAAGCUUGGCCUACUAAAAGGACAGUCUGGACAGUGAAAUCGUAUUCUGUUUUUCAUUUUGUGGACAUAGCUGAAAUUUAUAUGUGAAGUGCACAUACUGCACAAACUAUAGACUGGUAGCCUUUGAAGGAAAUUGUUAAUGUGUACAGCACAGUUCUACACAUUUAUGUAAGAUAUUAAUACCAAUACGCCAAAGAAUCUUUAACAUGUCCAUAGAAUAUAUUUCUACUUUAUUGAUUAUUAAGUCUUGCCUUGCAACUUUUUAUAUGUAUAUUUGUUUAGAAAACAGGAUUUGGCUUCUAUUAUAUAUUGUAUUGGCCAAAUCUAAUACAGAGUGCAGACUAUAUUUUACACCUGACUAUAUUCAUCUACAUCUGAGUUAAGCAGGCCACGUAGAAUGAUUUUGUAUUGGUCAGUUUUUCAAAAUUAACCAACCACUUUUUAAUAGAUGCGUUAAGGCCUAAAAUAGUUACUGGUGUUGAACCAACAAAUCAUAUGGCGUAAAAAAGCUUUUCCUUUAGCAUAGUGCAAUGUAUUCUGUUCUCUUAUUUAUUCAGUAUGCUCUGAUCAUACAGUAAGCUGCUUCUCAGACUACAUAGUCUAUCUCACAUCUCCACAAGAAGUACUGUACACCAAACAGCACUUCUUGAAUGGUAAGUGAAAUCAAACUAAUAUUCAUUUCUCAAGUAUUUUCUCGAAAC